CGUAAUGCGAUAAAAAUGGGCGUAAACGAAAGAUGAACCGACGAGGACCGGCGUUCUGUUGCAGAAAAGGUAGCAGCAACAUUUGUUAAUACUAUUAGAAAGUCAUUGGGUGAGAAUUGGGUGAGUUUACGGACGCAUUUAUAUAACGGCGAAGGAGGAACACAAAGCGACGUUGCGCAACGUAAUUAUUCAGUAUUCCGACGACGACAGACCAGUGAGGUUUCGUUCCGAUAUGUGCGACCUACUGACCAAGGACGAGUGCAAGGUCAUCCUUAGCAACUACCUACAAGACGCCGCACUGAUCUCGUAUAAAGUGAAUCCUUUAUCUGAAACUAUCGAAGGACUUGUCGGUGAACAUUACAUUGUUGCAGUGGAUUUCGCAACGAGUGACGAUGCACCAAGCAAUUCGCAACGAUUCUUUUUGAAAGUCUUAAAUGGCAACAACUCCGUAAUCUUCGAGCUCUCUCAAUCGCUAAACGCUUACGGUAAAGAAGAGUUCUUCUACAAUUAUUUGCAAGUAGAGUACCAAAAGAGAAAUAUCGAUAUUUCAUACGCUCCCAAGUGUUAUUAUUGUAAACCCUACAAAAUUGUCUUGGAAGAUUUAUCCGUUAGGCAAUUUACAAUGAGGAACAAGAAAUUAUUGUUCGAUGUAGAACAUUGCAAAAUUGCGCUCGACACUUUAGCGAAAUUUCACUGUUCCAGCAUUAUUUACGAAAUCAAACAAUCGAUUUGUUUGAAUGAUAAGUUUCCUGGACUUUUGGAAAACAAAGUGUUUACGAGUGCAGAGAACGUCGCUUCCAAAUGGAUGCGCUGCUCUAUCGACGGAUUAAUGCAACUCAUAGAUCAUUUAAGCAUAAGCGAAACGGAGAAGAGCCGCUUCAAAGUGGAAAUGGAGGCCGCGUUCCAGAGGGCAUGUUCCGAACGGCCGACCGAAAACCACUUAAGUACCGUUUUGCACGGCGAUCUGUGGUCGAACAAUUUCCUAUUUCAAUAUGCGGAGGGAAAACCGAAGGUCGCCGUGUUGAUCGAUUACCAGAUCCUGAAGUACGGGCCGCCGGCCUCCGACGUGGUCCAGAUGAUCCGCACCAAUACGAGGAAGGGAACGCGCGAUAAACACUUCAAGGAAUUAUUGGAUUAUUAUUACAGCCGUUUCGUGGGUUGUUUGGGAUCGAGUGGUCUGGAGGCAGAAGAAAUAAUGUCGAUUGGGGAUUUCUUGGCUGCCUGCGAAGAGGUCGAUUGUUCGGUAAGGUUGCAUGCCCUUGCCGACCGAUCCGUUACCUUCUUAUCUGAUGAACUCGUCGGAGAUACCAUGGGAUCGGAAGAUUCACUUAGGAGCUUCUUAUAUGAAGAUAGGGGUAAAUGCAUGGUUGAUUCAUUCUUAACCCAUCGUGACUUUAGGGAAAUCAUUGAAGAAGAUCUACUCGACCUUAAAGAAACUUUAUUGAAACACUAA